AUGUCUGGUAUUAAGAGUCUGAGCCUUUUGGUCUUCGUCGUGGCUGCGGUUGUUAACGCCGCUCCAGAGGCUGCAGAUAUGUCGCACGGUGUGCAGAUCAUGGGGAAGAUCUUGAGGCAGUAUUUGGAGGCGCAACCAGAGGAUCUGAGGUUAGGGGAUGGAGUUCAUCUGGUUAGUACGGGAAGCGAGAACGAUGCUCGUGCCAAUACCGAUGACGGUACCGUCUUGGGAGCUGUGGAGAAUUACCUGCAGAACCAUGAGCUCAGGAUCAAGUUGCCUGAGCUGAUGCCAGGCGAAGGAUUCGGAAGGACUUUCAAGGAUGCCAUGGAAGGAUUCGAUAGCUCCGCCACCGGAACUGCCAGAGGAAAGGGCGGUAAAGGAGGUAUGGGUGGAAUCAUGAUCAUGGGUUUGAUGAUGGGAAAGAUGAUGGCCGCUUUGGGUCUCGGCGGUGUCGGUCUCUUAGCCAUGAAAGCAUUGAUGGUCUCCGCUUUAGCUCUGAUGCUCUCCAUGGUCAUCGGCCUCAAGAAAUUGGUUUCCUCCGAGCACGACGACGGCGGACACACCGUGAUCCACGCCUCCCACGGACACGACCAUCACAGGAGGAAGCGCGAAGCCACAGACAUGGCCUACCAAGGAUGGGCCGACCAACAAAGCUAA